AUGGAUCUCAAGGAUACCACCAGUGAAGGCAGCCUGCAGCCAUCCAGCAUCCAGAUCUUUGCCAACACGUCCACCCUCCAUGGCAUCCGGCACAUCUUUGUGUAUGGGCCCCUGACCAUCCGCCGCGUGCUUUGGGCUGUGGCUUUCAUGGGCUCCUUGGGCCUGCUGCUGGUGGAAAGCUCGGAGCGCAUCGCUUUCUACUUCUCCUACCAGCAUGUCACCAAGGUGGAUGAAGUGGUUGCCCACAGCCUGGUCUUUCCCGCCGUGACCGUCUGCAACCUCAAUGGCUUCCGCUUCUCUCGCCUCACCACCAAUGACCUGUACCAUGCUGGGGAGCUGCUGGCCUUGCUCGAUGUCAACUUGGACAUCCCCAAUCCACACCUAGCUGACCCCACCGUACUGGAGGCCCUGCGGGAGAAGGCUAAUUUCAAGCACUACAAACCCAAGGUCUUCAGCAUGCGAGAGUUCUUGGAGCGUGUUGGCCAUGACCUGAAGGAUAUGAUGCUCUACUGUAAGUUCAAAGGACAGGAGUGUGGCCACCAGGACUUCACCACCGUGAGUAACUUGGUUUUCGGUUCCCUUUGGGGUUUUUCUUUCCCAGCCAUGAAAGGUGCUUGGGGAGCUCGAGUAACUUGGUUUUGA